GAUGUUUGAGGGGAGAACUAGUAAUUGUUGUUUUCUUCAACUAUGUUGUUUUAUACUCCGAACUCAAUUAGCAUCUUUGCACAAUUAUAAACUAAAAAAUAAUCACUAAGAAAUUUACUACAAAAUUAUCCAAAUUUCCCAGAAAAAAAAAUUAAGAAAAAAAAAAGAAGAAGCACAUAGUUUUUUCUGUCUAGUGUUCUCUGUUUACCUUGUCCUUUUUUCUCAACCCUUCACUGUCUAAAUUAUUGUAUUAUCUUCCUUAAAAUCCCAAAAAAAAAAAAUCUGAAAUUCUGGCAAUAAUUUCUUCAAUGUGCAGAUGGAAGCUGAUGUUUCCAUCCGCAAAUUCCUAACUUUUCUUGUUUUUAAUUAGGGAUUUGCUGGGUUUUGGGUCAAAUUGAAGUUUUUCUUUUCUGGGUUUUUGCAAGUUGAUAUCUUUUUCAAUAAACCCUAAGUUGAAAGUCUAAUUUCUGCUUUUCCUGAGUGAAAUCCUCAAUAAAUUUCUGAACUUUGUGGGUUUUCUUCAAAAUCUGAGACAGAUCAGAUUUGGGUGUUUUUUUUUUAUUGAAUAGUUGUUAUGGCUCUUGGGGUUUACAGAAGAAUUUUAAUUUGUGGGUUAUAUUUGAUCAUGAUGUUUUGUUUAUCUUCUGCUUCUGUGGUUAUAGAGGGGGGAAAUUUCACACUCAAAUAUGAAGAUAUUGAAGCUAGCUUUGCACCAAUUUUGUCAACUGGUGUUUGUGGGAGAUUGUACAUAGCUGAGCCUCUUGAUGCGUGUUCGCGGUUGACGAAUUCUGUUGAACAUGGUGGCAGCAAUUGUACUUCUCCAAUUGCAUUGAUUAUAAGAGGUGGAUGUAGCUUUGAGGAUAAAGUUAGAAGGGCACAGAAUGCAGGCUUUGAAGCUGUAAUCAUUCAUGACAAUGAGGAUGGUGGUGCUUUAGUUGCAAUGGCAGGUAAUUCUGCUGGUAUAAAGAUACCUGCCGUAUUUGUUUCAAAAGCAACUGGACACAAAUUAAAGAUCUAUGCUGGCCCUGCUGUGGAAGUGUGGAUACUUGCUAGCUAUGAAAGUUCUGCAUGGUCAAUAAUGGCAAUUUCCUUUAUUUCUUUACUGGCAAUGUCUGCGGUGCUGGCUACUUGUUUCUUUGUUAGAAGGCACCGUAUUAGACGUGAAAGACCUCAAGCCCGAGUUCGAGAAUUUCAUGGGAUGAGUAGUCGUUUGGUGAAAGCUAUGCCAAGCUUGAUAUUCACAGCUGUAACAGAGGAAAAUUGCACAGCAUCAACAUGUGCUAUAUGCCUUGAGGAUUACAUGGUCGGAGACAGGCUUCGGGUUCUACCAUGUCGCCACAAAUUUCACGCAUAUUGUGUAGAUGCUUGGCUCACUUCAUGGAGAACAUUUUGCCCGGUAUGCAAGCGAGAUGCAAGGACUAGCACCGGUGAACCUCCGGCAUCAGAAUCUACACCGCUGCUCUCUUCCAAUCCAUCAUCUGUUGCCUCCUCACCAUUUUCUUCAUUUAGGUCAUCAUCAAUACGUUCCUCUGCUAUACAAAUAGCUUCACCAAGUCCACGAUCCUAUACAAACUCUCGUAAUCAAUCUAUUGCAAGUAGUCCUCAAAGAUUCCUACCACGUCCUCUCAACUCAUAUCACAACCUUCAUUCUCCUUCAAUGAGUGUGAGUCGAAGCUCCUUAGACCUUAGGAACAUGUCCUCUCAACGGUCGUACACUUCUCAGUAUAUGUCUCCAGGUUCUCUCGGCUACCCAUCUAUAUCACCACUCAAUACCAGAUACGUGUCUCCAUAUAUUCCAAGUCCUAGUAAUGCUUCAUCAAGUUACCUUGGCUCUUCUUCUAUGAGGUACCCAAAUCCAUUGCAUUAUAGCGAGUCCGUAGCGAGUUUUUCUCCGUAUGAUUCUGCACAAUCUCUUCCUGGAUGUUGAUUUGUUGUGAAUGGUAUAUGAUAGCAUGUGAGUUAUACUAUGUGCGCGGAUGUACCUAUCAUGCUGGAUGUUGUUUGUGACAUUGUGUUCAUCUUUCUGACCUCUAACUUAUACCCCUCUAAUCUUUGUCAUGAUACCAACUUCCAUGUAUAUUUUAGCAUAGGGUAGGAUUGAAUUUUGCUUUCUUAUUUUUCGUCUCUUUCGCUUGCGGCGGACUUGCUCUUGCUCGUGUGUUGGUUUCCUGGAGUAUGUUUACAUCAACUACUGGGAGUAUAUCAUUAGUGGAUGAGAAUUUAUGUUUUGUUUGGUUUUUGGUGCAUAAAUAAAUACAUAAACGAGUUGUGCUUCUAGAUGGGAAACUCUGAACUGACCAUCUUACAAAUCCUUCUCAUUAUUCUUUCAGUAAAUAACAGUUUCUUUGUAGUUCUGUUUGAAAAUGAAAUAUAUAUUGUGUUUAGUGUUA